AUGCAUAAUGGCGGGAUUGUGCCGAGAUCACUGACACCACAGCCCGAUACUACUCUGGACGAGAAACGGGCGCUGGCGUUCUUUCGACACAAGACAGUCGCUGAGCUAUCACAGCGUCGUCGAACACGCUAUCACUGGUUGGAUUAUGUUCUGCAAGCAGCAGAGCAGGAACCUGCCAUCCGGUAUGGCGUGGUCGCUCUCGGCUCUGUCCAUGAAGAGUUCGAGACAUCGACCGCGGCGUUCCAUUCUAGGUACACUCCAUUCGAGCCUCUGUCAGACUCUCAUAUGGCCAUGAAGCAUUACAAUGAGGCUACUGCUAUGGUGCUCGGAACUAGAGUAUGGCGGCACCGGGAAACGCCGCUUCUGGCAAGUCUGAUCUUAGCAGCAUUCGACAGCCUGAGAGGCAGGCCAGAGCCGGCUUUGUACCACCGCUGCAACGGUCUUCGAAUCCUUCGCGAGCUUGACCGAAGACUGGAUUCGUCCAUGUCGGAGUUAUUGGUGUGCAUUUUCGUCGACUUCGAUACCGAAAAUCUGGAGUUAGGACAGCCUAACUUUACUUCGCCGUCUGACUGCCACUUCUCUUCGGCGUUCCUCGCAGAACCUCUGCGGGAAGUGACAGGAAUCCAGUCAGCCAUCGAGGCUUUCGAACUUCUGUUCAAUCGGCUCCUGAAAGCCUCGCAGCAGGACCUCCGAGUCUCAAAUCCUGGCAUCGGACCAUCACAGAGGCUGCCCGAUGUUCUUCUGCAGUAUGAAGAGUGGUGUCUCGCAUUAGACGCUUAUCUGCAAGCAUGCGUAUGCAACCUCGAAAUUAUGGCUGACGAUGAUAGCUACGGCGAUCUGGUCAUUCUACAAAUGCGACGUCUCAUGGUAAAGAUAUUGCUGAAUGUGGACUUACGGCAUGACGAUAUGGACUUCGAUCGCUUUGAAGCUGAAUUUGCGUGCAUAGUCCACUUGGCCGAAGUCUUCACAAAUGGGUGCAUCAUGCCAGAUCAGCAGAGAACGAUCAGCCUGACUGCCCGCCCUACGAGAGCAGAUCAUGCGACACUACAUCGGAGGCCGAGAUGUCUGUCAGACUAUACUGGGCCAAGGCAGUCUUUCCUAGGCAUCCGCAGCGACCGGACGCCAGUGAUGAAAUGGGGCACUAUUGACGACGCCAUCCUUCACACGAGCCAGCUAGUCUUGGCCAGACUACCGCGCGCACAGUCGUAUGGUCCCAGGGAUGGCACAUAUGCUCGAUCAAGAUUCUCUCUCGCACCGGGCAUAAUUCUCCCUUUGUUCAUCACUGCCAGCAAUUGCCGCAAUCCUGGUAUCCGCCGGGGCGCCCUUCGGCUGCUCGAAUCCAAACAUCGCAAGGAAGGACAGUGGGACUCGAUGGUCUGUGCGGCCAACGUAAGGGUAGCAAUUGCAGCAGAGGAAGUCCGAGCGUUAGAAUUGGCAAAGCUUGGUGCUGAAUCACCAGACAUCGAACUUUUAGAAGGUUCAAUUCGUGAAAGCUGGCAAGUCCCGGACGCUGCAAGGCUGCGUGGAUUCGACUGCUUUUUCAACGAGGACCUCCUCGACGAGAAAAAGAACAGGAAGCGCUUCGAAUGGUAUGCCACGGGUAAGGACUGGAAUGUUGCUGUUCCUGGUUGCACAACACAAUGA